AUGCCGACGUCAAACCUGACCACCGCAAUUGACGGAAGGUUGAAGAGAGUUCGGAGAGCGAAAGUCAGGUCGACAAGACCAUUUGCUCUCCCCCCUCGACCCUACCGCGUUUUUGCUGCUAAGGAUGAUGGGGACCUCGAUAGCGAUUUUGAUAGAGGCGCCAAUAGGCGAUUUGACGAGGAAGACGGAGAGAAAGCUACGAGGCCUGAUGAGAUGGGGACAGACACAGAGUCGAUCUUCAGUGAUAUUGAAGGAGUUGUCAAACUUACAGACGACACCAACAAGGCAAUGCAGCCCACGAUGAACGAGAGCGACAUCAUGUCCUUACAAGAACGAUCAGUUCUAGUCUAUUAA